GUUUUAGCCGGCGAACACGCAGAAUUUUCUUUCCAGCUGUUUGACAGUAAAGCUCUUUACUGACGUGGAUGUUAACCAUUAAAAGUAUUAAAUUAAUUACGUUUUGUGUUAUUUCAUCAUUACUAUAUGCAUUUAAAAUUAUUCACCUAGAAGAAUGAAGAUAGCAAUAGUGAUAUUGGCAAUAUGGAGUUGUUUGGUGAUAAAAACCCAUGGCUUAGCUGUUAUGUCAGUGGAUUUGGGUUCGGAAUGGAUGAAAGUUGGAAUUGUAUCACCUGGAGUGCCAAUGGAAAUAGCUUUAAAUAAGGAAUCAAAGAGAAAAAGUCCUGCUGUGCUUAGUUUCCGGGAUAAUAUUAGGUUAUUUGGGGAGGAUGCUCAAACAAUAGGCAUUAGAUUUCCUAAGAAUUCGUACCAAUAUUUAAUGGAUUUAUUAGGGAAGAAUAUUAGCCAUCCUAUAGUUAAAUUGUUCCAAAAAAGGUUCCCGUACUUUGAUAUUGUAGAAGAUAAGGAUAGAGGUACUAUUUUGUUUAAACAUGACAAAAAUACUUUCUAUAGUCCUGAAGAAUUAGUUGCACAAAUGUUGGUCAAAGCUAAGGAAUUUGCCGAAAAUGGGGCCCAACAAAAAAUUAAAGAAUGUGUUUUAACUGUACCAGGGUACUUCAACCAAGUUGAAAGAAAAGCCUUGUUGCAAGCUGCUGAGUUAGCUGACCUUAAAAUUUUACAAUUAAUUAAUGAUUACACUGCUGUAGCACUUAAUUAUGGUAUAUUUAGAACCAAGACUUUCAAUGAAACAGCACAAUAUGUUUUGUUUUAUGAUAUGGGGGCUUCAUCCACAACGGCUACUUUGGUAAGUUAUCAGAAUGUUAAGGUCAAGGAUCGUGGUUAUGCUGAAACUCACCCACAAUUGACUAUACUGGGAGUAGGUUAUGAUAGAACAUUAGGAGGGCUUGAAAUACAAUUAAGACUAAGAGACUACUUGGCGAAAAAGUUUAAUGAAAUGAAAAAGACCAAAAAUGAUGUAACUAAGAAUCCUAGAGCUUAUUCUAAGUUAUUUAAAGAAGCUGGUAAAUUGAAGAACAUCCUAAGUGCCAAUGUGGAAUAUCACGCCCAAAUCGAAGGUUUAAUUGACGAAAUCGAUUUUAAACAGGCGGUUAAGCGUGAAGAAUUGGAAGCUUUAAUUCCAGAUUUAUUUGAUAGGGUUACAAACCCUGUCGAACAGGCUCUUAAAACAGCUCAUUUAUCUAUGGAUGUGGUAAGUCAGGUGGUGCUUGUUGGUGCUGGUACUAGAGUACCAAAAAUUCAGGAAAUCCUGCAAAAACAUGUUAAACAAGAAUUGGCUAAGAAUCUAAACACUGAUGAAGCUGCAGCUAUGGGUGCUGUGUACAAGGCAGCCGAUUUGAGCACCGGUUUUCAGGUUAAAAAAUUCAUCACUAAAGAUGCUGUUGUUUUCCCUAUUCAUGUAACUUUCGACCGUGAAGUAGAUGGCGCCACUAAACACGUAAAGCGUACUUUGUUUGGUUUGAUGAAUCCCUACCCCCAAAAAAAAAUUAUUACUUUCAACAAGCAUAUUUCUGAUUUUAAUUUUAAUGUUAACUAUGCUGAGUUGGAAUAUUUGCCAGAUAAUGAAGUUUUGAAUGUUGGUACCACAAAUUUGGCCGAAUAUCAUUUAAGUGGAGUUGAAGAUGUGCUAAAGAAGAAUGUGGGGGAUAAUAUUGAUCCUAAAGGCAUUAAAGCUCACUUUUUGUUGGACGAUUCCGGUAUUCUUAACUUGAUCAACGUUGAAUAUGUAGUCGAAAAAACCGUCACCGAAGACGAAGAUGAAGGUACCUUCUCCAAAUUGGGCAGCACCAUCAGUAAACUCUUUGGAGGCGAAGAUAAGAAACCUGAAGAUGAAGAACCAACAAAAGAAACCCCAGAGGAAACGGAACAAAAACCUGAAGAAGCAACUGAAAAACCAAAAACCGAAGAAAAACAGCCGAAAGUAAACGAAACAGAAACAAAAAACGCCACUGAUAAAACCGCCCCUAAAGAAGUUAAACCUAAAAUCGUAACAAUCAAAGACCCAAUUAAAACAUCCGAGGUAUUGCUCUCCAUAAACCCAUUAAGCGAAAAACAAUUGGUUAAGUCGUCUGAAAAAAUAUCCGCAAUAAACAAAAUCGAGCACGAUAUUAACCGCAGGGCAUCCGCUUUAAACAAUCUAGAAAGCUACGUUAUCGACGUCCAAGUUAAAUUGGACGAAGACGAAUAUUCCAAAGCAGGCACUGCAGCUGAAGUAGAAAAAAUCAAGGCUGCGUGCAGCGAGAUUUCCGAAUGGCUGUACGAAGAUGGUUCCGAAGCAGAUGCCGAUACAUACGAAAAUAAACUGAAGGAGUUAAAGGAGCUUACCAACGACAUUUUCUCCAAAGUUUGGGAGCACAGAGAACGCCCUGAAGCCCUAAACGCUCUACAUUCUUUGUUAAAUCAUUCAACGCAUUUCCUACUCAGCGCCAAAAAUUUGACCAAAACCACAAACCUCGAGAAAGAUGUUUUUACCGAUGUCGAAGUUGAAGCGUUAGAAAAAUUAAUUAAAGAAACCACAGAAUGGAGAGAUAAACAAGUGAAAGAACAAGCCAAACUUAAAAAGAACGAACCCAUCAAGUUGACUGUCAAAUCAAUCACAGACAAAAUGGGUUCCCUAGAUAGAGAAGUCAAAUACUUGGUAAACAAAAUAAAGUAUUGGAGACCCAAGAAGGUUGAGAAGCCAGCCGAAGACAAAAAAGAAAAGACUGAUAAAGAUGAAAAACCUAUUAAAGAGGAAAAGACCAAAACCGAGGAAUCAAUUGAAGAACCUGCACCAGUUGACAGUGAAACGAUUGAACCUUCGGAAACAGAGGAUAAUGAUCCACAUACAGAACUUUAAGAGUGCGGUUUUUAGUUUAAUAAACAUUCUUAAUAAAAAUUUAAAAUCCUCUCUUCAAAUUUAUUUUAAUUAUUAUUUAUUUUUGUAUUACAAGCAGAUUAAAUCUGUGACUGCGUUUUAAAUGUGUGCAAAAUAAUUGGUGGGGUUUAUAAAAAUCAAAAACGAUUACAUUUAAAAUUUUCUUUACAGUUUUUUUGGUUCUUUAAGAAUUGUGAUAUUGUUAAUCAAUAUUUUUGUUAGAAUGCAAUGUAUUCAUUCCCGGUAAACUUAAUUUAUUAUAGAUCUUUAUUUAUUACAAUAAAUUCUUUUAAAU